CUUCCUCGCACAAAACACAAACUAGAUAAGUAUCUUCCACGCCCCUCAUUUGCACAACACAAUUACAUACUAUAAGUAAAUCUUUUCCAACACACUGAACUUAUACGAAUGUAAACAGAGGUUGAUACGCUUGACUAACGAAAUGGAUAGUUUGCCUAAGCGCGACGCAAACUACGUCCCUUUGAGCCCCAUCACGUUCCUGCAGAGGGCUGCCUCUGUCUAUGCGGACCGCACCUCGCUUGUGUACGGCAACACCAUCUUCACCUGGCGGCAGACAUACGAGCGCUGCUGCCGGCUCGCCGCCGCCCUACAACAACUCGGCGUCAUGAAGAAGGACGUCGUGUCCGUUCUUGCGCCCAACACGCCGGCGCUAUACGAGAUGCACUUCGCCGUGCCCAUGGCCGGCGCGGUGCUCAACGCCAUCAACACGCGACUGGACGCCACCGCCGCAGCUGGCAUCAUCAAGCAUGCCGAUCCCAAGCUUCUUUUCGUGGACUACCAGUACAUGUGCCUGGCUACCGAGGUACUUAAAGGCAUUAGGGACGGCGAGGCGGCUGGCAGUAUCUCACCAUUGCUUGUGGUAAUCGACGACCUCAACAAGCCGGAGGAAACGAGAAUAGGCGAGCUCCACUACGAGCAGUUGGUGGAAAGGGGCGACCCAGAGCAGCGACCACCGCGCUCCGUCGACGACGAGUGGGACGCUAUCACGCUCAACUACACCUCCGGCACGACAAGCUCGGCUCUCAAGGGCGUCGUGUACAGCCACCGUGGCGCGUACCUGAGCACCGUGGGCCUCCUACUCCAGUGGGGGGUCGGGAGCGAGCCCGUGUACCUAUGGUCACUCCCCAUGUUCCACUGCAAUGGGUGGACCCUGACGUGGGGCGUGGCUGCGCGGGGCGGCGUCAAUGUCUGCAUCCGUACGCCGGCGGCUGACGACAUGUACGCUGCCUUGUCUGCCCACGGUGUUACGCACAUGUGCGGGGCGCCGGUGCUACUUAACAUCCUUGUGGAGGCACGCCGAGAACCGUUACUCCACGCCGUGGAGGUGCUAACUGGUGGCGCGCCGCCACCGGCGGCGCUUCUCGAACGCGUCGAGCGGCUGGGCUUCAACGUCACGCACGCCUAUGGCAUGACGGAGGCCACCGGCUCUGCCAUGGUUUGCGAGUGGCGAGAGCGGUGGAACACCCUGCCAACAUCCACGCGCGCGCGCCUCAAGGCUCGGCAAGGGGUGAGCGCGCUCUCCCUCGCGGACGCCGCCGUCGUGAACAACAUCGACACCAUGCAGAGUGUGCCCAGGGACGGCACCGCCCUUGGCGAGAUCAUGCUCCGCGGCAACAGUAUCAUGAAAGGGUACUAUAAGGAUACCGCCGCAACGGCGAGCGCGUUUCGCGGUGGGUGGUUCCUGACGGGUGAUGUAGGUGUGGUGCACCCGGACGGAUACGUUGAGAUCAAGGACCGAUCCAAGGACGUGAUCAUCUCCGGCGGCGAGAACAUCAGUAGCGUCGAUGUGGAGAUGGCGUUGUACCAGCACCACGCGGUGCGGGAGGCGGCGGUAGUGGCCAUGCCGCAUCCGCACUGGGGCGAGACGCCGUGCGCAUUUGUGGCGCUGGAGCCGGGGUUCUCCUGCCUUGGCGAGGUCACGGAGGAGGACAUUAUCUUGUUCUGCCGUGAUAAAAUGCCGCAUUUCAUGGUGCCGCGGAAGGUUGUUUUCGUGGACAAGCUGCCGACGAACUCCACGGGGAAGGUGCGGAAGAUUGAGCUGCGCCAGAGGCUGCACGGAUGUAGCCAAAGUGCUCCGGGUGACAGCAGGCCCGGCUCGGCUUUGGCCGGCAAAGCCAGGCUUUGAAGUUCAGUUCACGCUAGUAAUAGGACUAGCACUGCCAGGUAGAAACUACAAUGGCUGGCAAUAGCAAAAAAAGACAUCGCAGUCUUCAAGCACCACAAAGCUUCAUGAGAGCAUCUCCAGACGCGCCCCAGCAGGCCCCAGAGCGACUUUUUUGCUCCGGCGCCAAAAAAAAAUCCCGGUCGCGCCCCCAAGACGCUAAAAUCCGCCGGCUCGGCUCUUUUUGGGCCCGGCGCACCCAGGCUGAACCGAGCGCACUGGGGGGCACUUGGGGGCACUUGGCGGAAGGGAAAAGAGUAUCUGGGCCACCACUGUCAGGCGAAAACGCAUCUUUGCACGUCCAGAUUCGUCCACCGCGCGCGCGCCCUCCCGCCGCCUUGCCGAUCCCGGCGCCGACCACCCCUCGCCAUCGCUAGAUAGACCAUUCCCCCGAGUCUAACAAAACUCUGUAGAGGAUGUUGUAAAACGGAAGAGAAGACGUUUGUAUGAGAUGGGUUAAAAGCACAAAAACUUGCGAUCCCAAGGUCUGUGAAUUACCUGAAUUUUUUGUUUAUAAGAUGGGAAUUUGAAUAUUGAAUUUGUAAAAGCUUUGGCAUAAAUGAUCUAGGAGAAGAAAUAUGGCAUGCUCGGCUUCUUACUUCAAAUAAAAUUAUUCGUCCUGAGAAUUAGUGAAAAAAAUCUGUAAGGAGUGCUAGAUAGGCUAGAAAGAAGAAACGCCUACAUAUGCUAUGCUGGUCAAUUUUCUAUUUGGAUUUUUUUUAAUUUUUUGUGUUUCUUUUUUUUUUUGACCGGGUACAUAUGAGCCUGGGCAACAAAACGCUGCACUAGGACAUGAAAAUCCGCUUCUGCGCCCAGGCUCAUCACUUUUUUAAGCAGUUGAAUACAUGGUUUCUUGCCCUGUUCCUGGGAUCAUUUUAUCAAAGCC